UCUGCUGGAAUGACUUUACGGCGCAUGCUCAGACAGGAGGAAAGAAAGAGCCGGCCGACAGUUCCACCCGGACUCAGAUUCUGUGACACCGCGGCGUCCACAGCAAAACAAACCGGCAGAAGCUAAGCAGCUAAAAAUUUGCAUCGUUUCACUAGAACUGGACCCGGUCUCUGCCGGUCUCGGCAGGAUGCAGGCGGAGUUUCGUGCUCCCCGGCGGCGAGCCCGGGUUCAGGAGGAGUACGAGGGUUCGCUGCCGGUGAGCCGGAGGCCGGAGGAGAGGAGCCUCUUCAGGGCGGAGCUCAUCAACCAGCACGUGCUGAUCCGGGACCCGGAGCACAUCCAGAAGAUCCACAACCAGGGGUUCUUCGGUAAAGGCGUCCUGUCCAGAGCCCGGCCAGACCACAGCAUCUCUGACCAAUGGGAGGAACACGAAGGUUUGUUUCUGCCGCUCGUGUCACUGGCCAGGUAUCAGGAGCUGCUCAGGUGGGCGGGGGCAACUCUCUCCGCUCAAGGGUUGGACGAGGAAGCUGUCAAUCAGACUCUGCUCAAACUGUCUCAGCCAGUAGGGAUGGAGGACCUGAGGGGGGAGGGGCAGGUGGAGAAUGGACAGGAAGGGGCGGGGCCAGAGGGAGGAGCCUCUCCAUGCACAGAGAUGGCUAACCAUAACCCGGACUCUGAUUCGUUCUCUGACUCAGACUCUGAACCUAUUCCUGGUCCUGGUCCUGGUCCUGGUCCUGGCUCUCUGGUUCCAGGUCCUGGUUUUGUCCUGGUGGUCUCUGACAGUGAGGCUGCUGUGCGGAUCAGGGAGGUCAGACGGACUCCAUUGCUGCUGUCAGAAUAUCUGCAGCUCAGUCUGGAGGAGGCCUUCUUCCUGGUCUAUGGUCUGGGCUGUCUGUCUGUCCACAUGCACCAGGAGCCCCUGUCAAUCAUCCAGCUAUGGAGGAAGUUCCAGUCGCUGCGUCCCGACUUUGUCAGCUCGUACGCAGCCUAUCAUCACUUCCGCAGCAGGGGGUGGGUCCCUAAGGAAGGGGGCGGAGCCAAGUAUGGCGUCAACCUCAUGUUGUAUAGGAAAGGACCGCCGUUCUAUCACGCCAGCUACUCCGUGGUCAUUGAGCGGGCUAAUGAUGCGUUCGAGGGUUCACCGCUGCGUCCGUUUUCCUGGCGCUCUCUGGCGGCUCUCAGCAGGAUCACUGCCAACGUCUCCAAGGAGCUGAUGCUGUGUUACGUCAUCUAUCCGGCCGACCAAUCACAAGCAGAGCUGGACUCACCUGAGUGCCUGAACAGACUUCAGGUUCAGGAAGUGAUCAUCAGCAGGUGGGUUUCCUCCAGAGAGCGAGCAGAGCAGGACGACAUCUGAUUGGCUGACAGGAGAAGCUCAUGAUGCCCUGAAUUGGUGAUGUCACUAGAAGACUGGUGAUGUCACUAGGAGGCUGGUGAUGUCAGCCUCAAGUGAGCGAAUUAGAGAGUAGAAAACGCUGUGGUACAGGAGCUGAUGGAGGACGUGGUCACAGGGAUCUGUGGAGUUGGACUGCAGCUUCUGGUUCUGAAUAGAUGUGGUCCAGCAGGUUCAGGUUUGGCGGUUGUGUUCACUCAGCUGUUCAUCCAGGUAACCAUGGAAACAGCUGGACCACCCUGUCAUGUCAGUAGUCUGUAGGACGUAUCUUCUGCGAACCAUCAAUGAGAGGUUUCAGGAAGGUUUCAGUCUUUAAAGAAUCACCAACGAUGGCAGAAUUUAUCAGACAGAAACUAACUACAGAAUGUCCAGCUGAAGAAGUCCCACUGUCUCAGUUCUCUGUGAAAGAAAAUGGAAUGAAGCUGGACAGACGAAGCAUCGCAGUGAAGCUGGAAAUGUAGAAAACGGCUCCAGUAAAAUGGACUUCAUGGUGUUUUAGGUUCACUGGUCUGAUUUGACGGUGAGACUUUUAAAAACUCGACCAGAAACACAUUAAAGCAAGUUCUUCUAAAAACCA